AUACAUAUAUAUAUUUAUAUAUCAAGGGAUCCGUAUACACGCUCACACACACACACACACACACACACACACGCAUAUAAAUCUACACACAAACUGUGUAUGUAUGUUUAUACACCACCGAGGAGAGGACUAGAGAUUCGGACACGGAUUAAAAAGUGGCGGGAUGGCGAGUGCCGCUGUGGUGGAGAAGAGCUGCGGUGCUGGUGGCGCAGGUUCGAAUAAAGCGGUUUUGUGCAAAUAUUACAUAAAUGGUGUUUGUCGAGAUGGUAAGACGUGCCGCUACUCGCAUGACCAGGAAACAACACCGCCGGAUAUGGUGUGCCGUUAUUAUCUCCAGGGCUGCUGUUCAUAUGGACCCAUGUGCCGGUAUGACCAUGUGAAACCCAAGGGGGACAACUCAACAGUAUCUCGACCAAUCUCUGCACAAUCCCAGACCCUUAUAAAGACCCCAACCACUUUGAAGCAGUGUGUCGGCCUUGCCCCUCCUCCUCCUCCUUCACUGCUACCAUCUUCCCCUGCCACACUCCCCUCAAUGCCACACCACAACACACAGAAUGGUUUCUGUCGGACAGUGAAGCCGUCGUCCAUCACGACGGACAUCGACUGGGACCUCGACCUCCUGGGCCACAACUCUGCGGACAUCGCUUCCGCCGAUGCCAACGCCUCGUCUUUCCCCGCGUCGCGGCCAUGGAGCACGGCUCCGUCGACGAGCGAUAAAGUGAUACUGAGGGGUGGCCGCAUCAAGACGAAAGCAGACUGGGCGAAGGACUCGCAGGAAUUUGUGCCACGGAAACCCAUCGCUGCUCCAAGUCUAACUUACGCACAAGCACUCAGUGCGGAAGCGGAUGGCACUUUGGCCAUGCCACCCCAGCCGUUUGAUCCUGGCUCCUCGGAAACCACCGACCACGGAGACUGCGCUGCCCCGGAGUAUACCCCCAAGUUCGACUACCCUGAUCCGAUCUACCAGGAGAAGGUGUUGUGCCCUUAUCUCGAGCACGGUGCAUGCCCCGACAUGGAAAACUGUUGCUAUUUACAUGGUGACCUCUGUGAGAUGUGUGGCGCCAAUGUGUUGCAUCCGACCAACAUGGAACUGCGGAAGGAGCAUGAGACGGAGUGUAUGCGACGACUGGAGGAGAACAUGGAGUACUCGUUUCUGAUGGCCGGCAGCAAAAGCAAGGAAUGUACGAUCUGCAUGGAGACAGUCUUGGACAAGAAACCUCCCGACAACCGUUUCGGCCUCCUCCCUAAUUGUAAUCACACCUUCUGUCUGUCCUGUAUACGGAAGUGGAGAUCCUCUACGCUGGAUAAAGAUGUUAUUAGGAGCUGUCCCCAGUGCCGUAUAUCAUCAAAUUUCGUGACCCCCAGUAAUGUGUGGGUGGAAGACAAAGAGCAGAAAGAUAAAAUUAUAAAUGACUACAAAGAAAAAAUGAGGAAGAAACCUUGCAAGUACUUUGACAUGGGCCGGUCCAAGUGUCCGUUUGGUGACUCCUGCUUCUACAAACACGCCUAUCCGGACGGCAAGCUGGCGUCACCGGAGAAACCCGGCUCUCGGCGGCACCGAUCCGACGCUGAUGGCACCAUAUCCUGCAUAUCGGAGCAGCUGCUCUGGGAGUUCAUCUCCGAGCGAGAGCAAGCGGCCGCCGUCGCGAUGGAGGUCUUUGACGACGACUUCUACAACAUGAUUUGGACGUCGUCAGACUCCGACGACGACGAUGACGAUGACGAUUUCACCAUCUUCACCGAUGUCAACGAACAUUUUCAGUUCAUGUACGGCGUUGGGGUCGUCGGGGAGGUGGACGAUGACGACGACGACGACAACAGUAGCCAUGGUGACGAUGCUGAUAUAGAUGAGAGCAAUGAUGAUGAGGAGGAUGACGACGAUGACAACGAUGCUGAUGUGGAGAAUGGAAACGAUGCAGAUGAUGAUGACGAUGACGAUGAUGAUGACAGCUGCAACAGCGUCGGCAACAGCAUCAGCAGCAUCAGCAGCAGCGGAGGCGACAGUUGUGGGAGCAGCAGCAGCAGCAGCAGUAGUGAGUGUGCCGGCGGUGGUGGCGGCGGUGGCGAACGCAGCUCCGUCGCAGCCUCCUGUGACGGCGACGACGGAGACGUCGGCGGCGGGGUCGUCGGCGGGGACAACAAGGUUUGUGGUGGUGGCGAGAGGAGAGUGUCGGUAGGAGGAGGAGGAGGAAGAGGAGAGGAAGUGAGAGGAGAGGAGGGGGUGAUGGAAGAGAGUGAAAGCAACUGUGAUGGUAGGAGAAAAGGGGAGAGCAAGGACAAAAUGAAAGGAGGGUCAGAACGAUCUUGAGGAAGACUUAUUUUUAUUAUUAUUAUUAUUAUUAUUUUUAUUAUUAUUAUUACUGUUACUACUACUGCUGUUUUUUUCAUUGCUAAUUGAAGUUAACCUUUUAUAAAUUACACUUCUAUAUAUAUAUAUGUGUGUGUGUGUAUAU